AUGCCAAAGACUUUACCGAAUCAACCAACUCUGGAGGAUUCAACUUCAUUAUCAGCUGAAAGCCUUAAUUCAACCGAUGCUGACCAACAAGUCCCAACAUCAAAAGAACCACAACCUUUAACAAGUGGUUCUCCAACACAUAAACAAGAGAGACAAAGUACUCAUAGCAGGCAAAACUCUUUCCAUGAUUCAUUUUCAGCUGUAUCGUUAAACUCGUCAGCUAGUUCAGCUAAUGACUAUAUACCACAGUCACAAACCAAUGAACAUGACCCAAUUGCAUUAACGUCGCCAAUUGCACAAAAGACACAAACGAAUAGUUCUUCAUUAUCAAACAAAUCUCUGAGAAGACCACGGAAUCAACGUCGUGGAUUACUGGCUCAAUUCUCAUUAAUCCCUGAAUUCAAAGAUGCUAGACAAUAUCCAGAAAAACUGAAGUAUACAAUCGUGUUUAUGAUUGCAUUUUCUGCAAUGAUUGGACCUAUGGGAACUUCAAUCAUCUUACCAGCUAUUGAGGAUAUCAAAAGUGAAUUAGAUACAACUACAAUGAGAGUUAAUAUAGCUGUUGGUAUUUAUCUAUUAUCACUAGGUGUUUUCCCCCUGUGGUGGUCCGCUUUCAGUGAAAAAUUCGGAAGAAGAUCAGUCUAUAUUGUUUCAUUCACAUUAUACACUGCAUUUGGGAUUGGAUGUGCACUAGCACCAGGUAUUAAUUCGUUAAUUGGGUUUAGAGUCUUGUCUGGUGGUUGUUCUGCAAGUGUUCAAAGUGUUGGUGCUGGUACUAUUGCAGAUAUUUAUGCGCCUGAACAUAGAGGAAGAAGUCUUGGUUAUUAUUAUUUGGGUCCAUUAAUGGCACCCCUUGUGAGCCCAAUUGUUGGUUCAUUACUUUUAACAAGAUGGAAUUGGAGGUCUACCCAAUGGUUUUUAGUCAUAUUGGCUUUUGUGUUAGAUAUGAUGAUCAUAUUCUUAUUACCUGAAACUUUAAGGUCACAAGAUAAUAAAGCAUUGAUUAGAAAGAUUUUAGCUGAGAGAAGGAUGAACAAAGUUAAAAAUGAUGAAGAAUCAAAUAACCAAACAUCAUCACCACCAGACUCGGGUUCUGAAAAAGAUCCUGAUAAUGAACAACAACAACAACCAACAGAUUCAGAUGAAGAAGCAGCUAUUGAAAGAGUACUUACUAGAGUUUCCAUGAGAAACGAAUCAACAUUCGAUGUCAAUGCAGAAAAUGAAGAUCCAGAAACUUUAGCUCCAGAAUUAUUUAGAGUUAGAACAAGUGCAAAUGAUCCAAGAAUUGCUGAAAUUAAACAAAAUGAUUUAGAAAGAAUGAAGACAGAAAUCGAACAAGAAUUAGACUCAAAACCACUAACAAAAGCUCAAAUAUUUAAGAAAAAUCUUUAUGAAUACACUUUAAAACCUCUAAAAGCUCUCAACUUCCUCAGAUAUCCACCAGUUGCAUUAGCUAUUUCAUUUUCAGCCAUUUCAUUCGGUGUUUUAUACUUGGUCAAUAUGACAAUUGAAUAUGAAUUUGCUCGUGCUCCAUAUAAUUGGAAAUCUUUAUAUGUUGGGUUAGCAUAUAUUCCAAAUUCAGUUACAUAUGUUUUGGCAUCUAUAUAUGGAGGGAAAUGGACAGAUUGGUUAUUGAAGAAAGAUAAAGAGAAGAAUGGAUUUUAUUCACCAGAAUCAAGAAUCUCUUGGAACAUUUUUUCAGCUGUUAUUACAUUCCCAGUGGCACUUUUAAUUAUUGGUUGGUGUUUUGAUUUCCAUACACAUUGGGUAACUCCGUUAGUUGGAACCGCAUUGUUUGGUUAUUCAAGCAUGAUGACAAUUGGUCCUGUUGUCACGUAUUUAGUUGAUUCAUUACCUGGUCGUGGUGCUACUGGAGUUGCCUUGAAUAAUUUUGUUCGUAUGAUUUUAGCUACAGUGGCUGUUUUCGUUACUGAACCAUUGAUUAAAGGUUUGAAUACUGGGCCAAUGUUUACAAUUUUUGCUGGGGUUGUUGUCUUGUGGGCAGUGGUUUUGAUAAUUAUUAGAAAGAAGGGUACUUAUUGGAGAGAGAAUUAUGAUUUGCAAAAGUUGUAUGAUUCUUUGGAUUGA